CAAACAAACUACAAUCUUACGAAGAUAUGAUCAAGUCGUUGAAAGAACAAUUGUUAGAUACUAAUAAAAUGCUAGAGAGUGUUGUGAAAAGUCUGGCAAAAGAAAAGAAUAACUGAGCUCAAUUAGAUACUUGAUUGAUUGAAAUUACAAAAUAGUUUGUUAAUUGAGAAUCGAGGAAACUUAAUUGUAGUUAGUUAAUAAUGUGCACGUGAACGAUUGCAAAUAAUCGAAACUACAUCUUAAUAUUUAAUAAAUCAAUUAAAAUCCGAUAAAAUCGAUUGAUUUAACUUUCUAUAUAAAUAUCAUUUUAAGCAUUGUAACGAGUGACUUAUGGGAAAAGGGUGGCGGAACCUGAAGUGAAAGUGAACGUAGAAAAAAAAAUAUACAUGUUUAAUAACGAUGGCAUUAAGACUAAUGGUUAUAUUUCCAUUAAUUUUUACGAAUAUGUAUGACAAAGUUGAUAUUGAAGCAAAUGUUACUGGUGGAGGGUUUUCUGGACAAGCUGGUGUUAUACGAUUAGGUAUUUCAUUAGGGCUUCGAAGCUUUGUCGAUAAUGACAUGAUAGAAAGAAUGAAACUUGGUAAGAAAAAUAUUGUUUUUUUAAUUAUUCAUUUCUUAUAAUUAAAUUUAAUUUUGAAAUACAAAAAUAAUUGA